AAAAACCACAGGAGGGGUUUGGGGUUGGGGUCGGGGAAAACUUGGGCUUUGGGUCUUUGGUGUGGAAUUAGCAAAAUGGUGAACACGAAGAUUAUUAGCCCUUCCUCUCCUUUACCACCACCACCUCCUUUCUCUCUCUCACAUUACCCUAAAAACUCCAACUCUGACUCUAUCUCUUUCCCAUUCUCUAACCCUAACUCCGCGUGUCUCUAUCCACACCAGACACCACCAUAUUCUUUUUACUCACCCACCCAAUUUUAUUUCCCAGUCAUUAUCUCUCUGCGUCUCUCUCUCUCUUCUCUCUGCUUUGCCUCUCGGGGUUUACUUCCUUUCUUCUUUCGGAAUGUUUGCGCUUUCUUUCACUGCGGCGACUUCUGGUGUCCCAAUUCAGUUCGAUUCAUAAGGGAUUUUGGCAUCGCUGGAGUACUUCGUUGGUGUGUUUUUUCUUAUUCAUGUUUUGAUAAGUAGUGGCAUCACAAGAAUUGGGCUGUAACAACUCUCCGUCAUGGAAAACAUUAGCAAUAGUCAUAGAUUGGACAGUAUCAGCAAUGCUGUAAGAAGGAAGAGAAGUCAAACUUUUCGCCGACCUCGACCUGAUUCACAGCAAUACAACGAACUCCAUGAUCAGUCAUCAUUGUCAUCAGCGACACCUUCAGAUGAUCAGAGCAAGGUCUCAAGUGAUGAGAAUGCAGGUUGUGAUGCCAAUUCUAAAAGAAAAGAGUGUAGUCUUAAUGAAUGUAUGGCCAGGGUUUCCUCUGCCGUAGGCAACGGCGAAAAACCUCACAAAAAUGAUAGUAAGGAGGGUGAAUUUAAUUCAUUUUACAAUAAUGAGCCAGGACGAAAUGGGAUCAAUAACAAAAGGUCUAGCGAAGGUGUCCUUGCUCCUGCUAAUUGGAAAAGCACAAGCAUAAUGAAGGAUGGUUUGAUAUCAGAGUCAAGAAGUGCUGAUGCAUUUGACGGGAUGAAUGGUGAAAGUCCAAGUACUAGGUUGUCAGGAUUAGAUGGAUUUGGAAAUGAGAACAAGGUAAAAAAGGUUAAGCUCAAGGUUGGUGGUGUCACACGUACAAUUCAGGCCAACUCUGCAUUCAAUGGUACAGCAGAGGGUGGGUCUUCUACGAAGACUUCUCGAUUGUCAGAUGUGUCUAGACAGCGGCAGAAGCCAAAUCUUCUGCAGGAAAAUUCAGAUGAUAAUCAUUCCCCUUCAGAUAAGAAGAGCGGCUUAAAAGGAAUUCCGUGGAAGGAUUUUUCGAGAAGUGGUUUCAGUCUUGGGAGGGAUAAUUGUUCGAUGGGCAGGAUAUCGGGAAAAAACACCUCUGGAAAGGAAGGAGAUAGAUCUGAACCAGUUCGUAAGAGCAAGCGGGUGCCUAAGAGGCGUGUUCUUGAUGGAGAAUUUGGAGAUGAUGAAGAGGAUGACGAGAUUCGGUAUCUGGAGAAACUCAAAACAUCGAAGGUUACUGCAGGGUAUAGAGAAGAUGACGAAGAGUCUAGCAAGAAACAUAGAAAACUUUCUGCAGUUUCUAAUAUUGAUAAUGCUGGUGCAUCAAGGUCGGGAAAAGACCUUAAGAAGAAGUCGAGAACAGAUAGAGCAUCUGGAGACACUGAUUAUGAGGAAGAUGAAGAUUCAUUAUCUGAUGGUGAGCUUGAAGGUAAAAAGAAACAGAAGAAGGAAUCUGUUGACUCUUUGAUGGAUGGUAAGAAGGAAAUGACUCUCACAACUCGUCAACGGGCCCUUCAGUCAAGCAAAGAUGUCUCUUCAUCCCCUGGUUCAAGCUUAAUUGAGUUUCCAAAUGGAUUACCACCUGCACCGUCUAGAAAGCAAAAGGGGAAACUUUCGGACGUGGAGCAGCAACUGAAGAAAGCUGAGGCUGCUCAGAGACGCAGACUGCAGGUUGAGAAGGCUGCUAGGGAAUCAGAGGCUGAGGCUAUUAGAAAAAUACUCGGUCAAGAUUCCAGCAGGAAGAAGCGCGAAGACAAGAUAAAGAAGCGCCAAGAAGAAUUGGCACAGGAGAAGGCUGCUAACAUGUUGACACUUCCAUCAAACUCCAUCAGAUACGUGAUGGGGCCAACGGGGACUGUAGUGACAUUCUCUAAUGAUAUGGGUCUCCCCAGUUUAUUUGACUCUAAACCCUGCAGUUAUCCUCCUCCGCGUGAGAAUUGUGCGGGUCCAUCAUGUACCAACCCGUACAAGUAUAGGGAUUCUAAGUCAAAGCUUCCUCUUUGCAGUCUUAAGUGCUACAAGGCAAUCCAGGAAACGAUGCAAGCAUAAACUACGGGCUAAUGUCGGCAACAACCUUGUUUUAGCCUUCAAGUAUGCUGGUAACUUCUGCAGAUGUCUAAGUACAGAUUUUGGGGUUGGUGGGAGAACAUUCUUAGCUCGGUGUAGAGAAGUUUAUACAAGUACACAUUGUUUUUCGGCUGUAAUAAGCCUCUAGGGUUAAUAUAUAAAUAAUACCUUCCAUGUUUUAUGAUACCUGAGUUUUUUUGUUGUGGUUUUGGAAAGGUUCAUUUUCAUGGUGAGACAAGCCUGUGCCCUGUUUGUUAUUUAUAUUAACUUUGGGUUCAUUCGGCGUAGUGUAACAUUAUAAAGUUGAGAAAUUUAUAAUAAAUAGAAGUUUCUGACCAUUCAA